UUAACGAUUGAUAAAGUUACUCCAUCGCUCGCAUGUGGCGCGCCGAGUCGGCGACAUGUCGGCGAUCCGCAGUUCUCGAACGAGCUUCGUAGGUGGCGGUGGUCAUGGACGACCUUCCCACCGACCAUGAUGUGAUCGUCGUAGGAACGGGUAUGCCAGAAUCCAUUGUAGCUGCCGCCGUGUCGAGAAUCGGACAGAGGGUUCUACAUUUGGAUAAAGAAAGUCAUUAUGGGGGCCUUUGGGCUAGCUACAACUUAAGCAGCUUGCGGGAAUGGAUGUUCAUGCAGAAUGAACCAGCGCCACCUGAAUUACUGGAGGAGUAUCCACUGGGACCUGGUGAACGUUUACUGUUGACCGCUCAGAACCACACUUCAGUUGUCAAUGCAAAAGAAAUAGUGAAUGUGCCUGAAAAGCUCGUGGACUGCUCCCCACGUGACCCUGGACCAGCAUUGGUGCAGCUGCAUACUGUCUCUGAUGAAGGUCCAUCACAUGCUGCUUCAGCUGAGAGCACCACAGAUGAGCUGACCACAAGUUGUCCGUGCCCUUUUAACGCUGAAGACAGUGCAGAGCAUUCCAGUGCUGACAUAGUGAAUCAGCGUGAUGGGCCUUUGGAGAGUGAGGAUGCCAGCACUGCCUACCACACCGUUGCCAGUGCUAGAAGCAGCUCCGUUGAUGCUACUUACGGUAGUGUGACGCAGCACACCGAGAGCACACUGGAGGGCCUGAAUGGAGAACCCGAGGAGCCAGUAACUGGAGCAAGGGACAAGGUCAAGGAGUUGUGGUCUCUGGAGAAACUGCUGAAUGUCUCACGGAAGUUUAACCUAGACCUGGCUCCCAAGCUUCUGUUCAGCCGCGGCCCACUCGUAGAGCUGCUCAUCUCAUCGAACAUUGCCCGCUACGCUGAAUUCAAGGCCCUGACACGCAUUCUGACCAUGCACAAGGGAAACCUACAGCAGGUGCCCUGCUCACGGGCCGAUGUGUUCAGCUGCAAAAAUGUGACUGUGGUCGAGAAGCGCAUGCUCAUGAAGUUCCUCACCUUCUGCAAAGAAUUUGAGCAGCACCCCGAAGAGUACAGAGGUUUUGAAGGCAGGCCCUUCUUGGAGUUUCUCCAGUCAAAGCAGCUGAGCAAGAAUGUUGAGCACUAUGUGCUCCAUGCCAUAGCCAUGGUGGACGGAACUACGCCAACACUGCAGGCAUUGAAAUCUGUUCAGAAGUUUCUGGAGUCACUGGGAAGAUAUGGCAACAGCCCGUUUCUGGCUUCAUUGUAUGGAAGCGGAGAACUUCCCCAGUGUUUCUGCAGGCUGUGUGCAGUUUAUGGCGGCAUCUAUCACCUGCAAAGGGGACCUGGUGCUCUUCUGGUCAAUGAAGAUGGUGCUUGCAUAGGAAUUGUGUCCAAUGGCAGGCGCUUCAAUUGCAGAUGGGUUGUCAUGGGAGCAAGCUAUGCCCCACCUGAAAUGGUUUCAUCAAGGGACACGCAAAGAGUGUCAAGAGCCAUCGUAAUAUCUGACGAGUCACUUCACCCAGCAGAAAAGGAGCAGAUCACACUGCUCAGACUUGAGCAAAGUGAGCAGCUGCCACAAUCUGUUCUGGUGCAAGAGCAGGGGCCUGGCAUGAUGGUCUGUCCACCUGGACUUUAUGUUGUUCACCUGACCUGCCCCAGUGUUCAGGAAACUGCCGAACAAGAUUUGACGCCCGCUGUCAAAAUGCUUUUUGACACAUCACCUGAAGGUGAAGACAAGUCUAAGCCAAAGGCAUUGUACAUACUGUACUUCAAUGUUGAAGAUACAACACAAGCACCUUUGAAUGAAAACUGUCCACCUGGGCUCAUACUUGUCUCAUCUCCAGGCCCUUACUUGGACUACGAGCACCCCGUCAAUGAGGCAAAGGAAGUUUUCCACAGGAUGUAUCCCAAUGAAGAGUUUCUGCCACGGGCACCUGAUCCAGAAGAGAUUCUCCUCGAGCAUGAAAACAAUCCAGGUGACCAUGGGCCUCUUACUGAGGACGUUGAGAAAGACCAGUCCGACUGUGGUAAAGGCGAUGAUGCGUCAAAUAGUGCUCUGCCUGCCAUAUCCAAUCCUGGUGCCUCUUUGUCUGGAGAUUCAUGAGUGCUUGCAUCUUUUUUUUUAAUAAAAUUA